AACAAUCCCUUCCAUGUGAUCGUGUUUUGACAGCUGUACGUAUUUUUGUGGAAGUUUAAGCUAUGGCGCUAAGAAACUGUUCAAUGUGAUUAAUGAAUACUUACAAGAAUGAUUUAUUAAGGUCCUAUCAUGUGGAAUAUAUCCGAAAUGCUAUAACUAGUCUCAUGGCGGACUCUUAAUGGUGUACAAAACCUUUAACGAUGAACCGCGAAUCAGUGAAAUUGGAUAUAAAUUUGACCAGAUAAUUCACAAUGUUAUGACCAAUGUCGGAAACCAAGUCGAACAUAAACCAAACAAGAAGAAACAGAAAUCACAGUGCCAGACGCAUGACAAUCCCUUAAGCACGGAUUAACACACCAGCAUGGAUGCCUACACCGUCAUCGGGCGCAUAGGAGAAGGUGCUCAUGGCGUUGUGGUCAGGGCGAAACACAACCUGACGGGGAAGACUGUGGCGCUGAAGAAGAUACCAUUGCGGAGGCUGGAUCAAGGGAUGCCAACGACAGCGCUGCGAGAAAUUAAAGCGCUGAGGGAGAUUAAUUCUCAGCAUGUGGUGCGACUCCUGGACGUGUUCGCAGAGGGCGCCGGCUUCGUCCUGGUGUGCGAGUUGAUGCUGGGUGACCUCGGCGAGAUGAUUCGGGAUGCUGCUCGACCUUUGACCCCGGCGCAGGUCAAGUCGUACAUGACCAUGCUGCUGUCGGGCGUCGCGUUCCUGCACCGUCAUCAUAUCAUGCACAGGGACCUGAAGCCGGCCAACCUCCUGAUCAGCGAGAGCGGGCGCCUCAAGAUCGCCGACCUCGGGCUCUGUCGCGUCACCGCUCGCCACGGAAAGCGCCUUUAUUCGCACCAGGUCGCAACCCGGUGGUAUCGCGCCCCCGAACUGCUAUACGGCGCGCGGCAGUAUGACGAGGGCGUGGACCUGUGGGCGGCCGGAUGCAUUUUCGCCGAGAUGGUCAACCACUCGCCCAUCUUCCCGGGCGAGAGCGACAUCGACCAGCUGUGCGUUGUGCUGCAGAUCCUGGGCACCCCGAGCGAGUCCACGUGGCCGGGCCUCUCCGAGCUGCCGGACUACAAGAAGAUCACUUUCCCCGAGUCCAAAGCCGUGCCCUUGGAGCAGGUUCUCCCCGAUGCUUCGCCUGACGCCAUGGAUCUCAUUAAAAAGUUUUUGAUAUAUUCAACGGACAAGAGGAUAUCUGCUAAAAAGGCGCUGCUCCAUACGUACUUCUUCACGGCUCCCCUGGCGACGCCCGUGAGCCAGAUGCCCCUGCCGCGCUCGGAGAAGAGGCCCCCCCCCGCCACGCAGGACUACGUCACGGAUUUCCCCAUCCACCACGUUUCGGACGCCAUAAGGGACCAUCUCGAGACGCUCUACAUGAAGGGGUGAAGGAUA